ACGUAUUCUGGAUUCUGGACAGUGGCGCGCAAACGAUGCAAACUCGUAACUGCUUGUUACUUUGAUCCAGUUUGAACGUUCAUCGCUUGUCAUGUCGUCUAAUAUUUCGAUUGUAUGCGCCAGGAUGGCACGAGAAUCAUAUUAAUAUUACUACUGAUUGAAGAACUUCUAGGGAAACACACAUACAAUUGUAUAUCAGUUCCUGAGCUAAUAUCGCGAGAGUACUGUAUAACAGGUAGAAGUGUACAGCAAAGGUGGGUCGGUCACCUGGAGAUAACUGUAAAAUGUCAUCGACGAAUGUGUGUCAGGCAUGGAUUUGACGCUCCUAGGUGACACUUGUGGGAUCUGUUGUUACAUUAACUAUGUUUCAUCAGUGUCAAUUUGAUUGAUAAGAAUCCGACUACAUACGUAGAUAAACAGCGCCUUCUGCCAAUUUACCGAUAUAGCACAGAUAAUAAUAUAGAUAACAUGGAGGGACCAGAAGUAACAUUUUUAUUUCAAUUUGGUUUGACUCGUGACACUGUCACUGUCGAUAGCAGCACGUUAACUCUUAGGGCUCUUAAGGAAUUUGCCUGCGAUUUUAUAAAUGCCAAAUGUCCAGAGCAUGGUUUAAAUCACCUAUUCGAACGAUUGCUUUUAUUCAAGCACGAUUAUAAUUCUAACAAUAUACUGCAGCUUAUUACGAAUACAACAGAAGUUGUUGACGAAACUCUGGUAGAAAUUGUUUUGACUGCGCAAGUGCCAAAUGAAGAAGUUCCCAUUCGUUCUCAUGCUUUAACCGUUCAUUCGUACAAGGUUCCAACAUUUUGUGAUUUUUGUGGUGAAAUGUUAUUUGGUCUUGUUCGGCAAGGUUUAAAGUGUGAAGGAUGUGGGAUGAAUUAUCACAAAAGAUGCGUUGUUAAAAUACCUAAUAAUUGCUCACAAGAUGCCAAUCAGAGACGACGUAGUUCAGCGAUGCUGAAUGUACCAAGAUCUCCGAGUCAAGGGUCUACCAGUAGUUUGACCAGCAUCAGCGACGAUAACCAUAGUACAAAUAAUAUGCUGAACGUGAGCCAAAAUAAUAGUACUUUGACAAUACCAAGUAUACUGGCUCCAAAACAAUCCCGUUCUCCUUCACUGGGAGGAAGACCAGUUUGGGUCGAACGAGAACUUGCGACCCGUAUAAAAAUUCCGCAUACAUUUGUGGUGCACACAUACACUAGGCCAACUGUAUGCGGACACUGUAAAAAAUUGCUGAGAGGUUUAUUUAAGCAAGGCCUCCAAUGUAAAGAUUGUCAGUACAAUGCACACAAAAAGUGUAUUGAAAAAAUACCUAAAGACUGUACCGGAGAAAAUACACGAGACAAUACAGGUAAUGAGUACCCAGAUAGCGGAGUAGGCAGUGAACCAGAAGGUAAAUGCGAUGGAAGGAACGAAGAAGGCGAUGGUGAUAGUGAUGCCGAGUCUCCAUCACCGCCACAACAUUCAUCAUUUGCUGGAGACGAAACGAAAACACCUGAAGAUUAUUCUGAACAAGUUCCAAGCAACGAUGAUACUAAUUAUGACGAGUGUCAAAAAUCAAGACCAUCGAGCUGCAGUUCCACGCCAAGCAAUAACAUACCUUUAAUGCGUAUAGUGCAAAGUGUAAAACACACGAAACGACGUGGUUCAAAAGUUCUAAAAGAAGGUUGGAUGGUACAUUUUACAAAUCGUGAUUCGAUGAGAAAAAAGCAUUAUUGGCGUCUCGAUACAAAAGCUAUCACAUUAUUUCAAAGCGAAAACAGCUCCAAAUAUUAUAAAGAAAUUCCAUUGGUCGAGAUAAUAUCAAUCGAAGCUGCAAAAACAUCUCGAUCAAGCACGAUGCAUUGUUUCGAGUUGAAAACUGCCAAUGUUGAGUAUUAUGUUGGAGAAGAUCCUUCGUAUAGAGAUAAUUGUAGUCAAGUUCCUCCUCCAGAAAGUGGUAUCGGAGCACAUGUAGCUCGAUCGUGGGAAACUAGUAUUAGACAAGCACUUAUGCCUGUGACGACUGUAUCGAACAGCCAGGAACAAACUACAGAACCAGAAGAAAAUGUCACAGACAUGUCUCAGUUAUAUGAGAUCUUUCCAGAUGAAGUACUAGGUUCUGGUCAAUUUGGUACUGUAUACGGAGGUGUUCAUCGUAAGAGUGGUCGGGCAGUUGCUAUAAAAGUAAUCGACAAGCUGCGAUUUCCAACAAAGCAAGAAGCACAAUUGAAAAAUGAAGUCGCUAUUCUACAAAAUCUUUCCCACAGUGGUGUGGUAAAUCUAGAACGGAUGUUUGAGACCACAGAACGAAUAUUUGUGGUCAUGGAGAAGCUGAAGGGAGAUAUGUUAGAAAUGAUAUUGAGCUCGGAACGUGGCCGCCUCAGCGAGAGAAUCACUAAAUUCCUAAUUACACAAAUAUUAGUAGCAUUGAAACAUUUGCACAGCAAGAAUAUAGUUCACUGCGAUUUGAAACCAGAAAACGUGUUGUUAAGCAGCGACAGUGAAUUUACUCAAGUGAAGCUGUGCGAUUUCGGUUUCGCUAGAAUCAUAGGCGAGAAAAGUUUCAGAAGAAGCGUCGUUGGCACACCCGCUUAUUUAGCACCAGAAGUAUUAAGAAACAAAUGUUACAAUCGAUCUUUGGAUAUGUGGAGUGUCGGUGUAAUUAUUUAUGUAUCUUUAAGCGGUACAUUCCCUUUCAACGAGGAAGAAGAUAUCAAUGAACAAAUUCAGAAUGCUGCUUUCAUGUAUCCACCUGUUCCUUGGCAAGAAAUUUCAUCCGAUGCAAUCGAUUUGAUCAAUAAUUUGUUGCAAGUAAAACAAAGGAAACGUUACACUGUAGACAAAAGUUUACAACAUAUAUGGCUUCAAGAUUAUCAAACAUGGUGUGACUUACGAGAAUUAGAAUCGAAGGUGGGAUACCGUUAUUUAACUCAUGAAAGCGAUGAUGCUCGGUGGCUGGCGUACAGUAACCAACGCACAUGACAGAACUGUCCGCCUAUGUUAAACAUCGAAACAUUGCCAAAUAAUUUAUCGUUACACAAAGGCUGGGCUCGAAGCGCUCGAGCCAGAUUACGGCGUUUUAUUCGUGCCUGACUUGAAUAAGUUUAUACAAGGGAGUAUAACAAUUUUAUCACUCAUUUGAAAUGUUGAAAUGUUAAAAUACCGAUAGUAAACUACGCACCAUCGAUAAAGACAUCUUUCAAGGUAUUUUUCAUGUAGAAAAUAAGAAUAUUAUUCAGUGGCAUUUCAAUCAGACUGGAAUAUGUAAGAUAGAAUACUGAACAAAAUAUUAUAUAGUAAAAUGUAAUAGCAACGUUUACACAAAAUCCUGGUGGAAAUUUGGUCAAGAACUCGAAUAUAUUUCAAUAUUACGUUAUCAUAAUUAACGGAUAUAUCGCAACAGAUGUUUUUCAUUGAAUGGCAUGCACGGUACGUUCGUGCCAAAUGUUCUAAUGAUUCUCCAUACUUUUCUCGUUCCCCGAGAUAGGUAAUGAUUUCAUAUCCUUUUAUAACUUUAAUACUCUCUUGAAUGUAUAAUAUUUUACAAGUGACAUUUAACUGCUUAAACUUGCAAUACAAAUGGCAUAUAACAUAUUUUUCUGCUUGAUAUAAGUUUCAAAGUUUAGCAUGAUUUAUAAUUAUACAAAUGUUGCUUGAAAUUUAAGCAAAUAAAUUUAAAUAGUAGAUAAUAUUAUAUAAUAUGCAAAGCGAACAUGUGUGUGCGUGUGUGUAAUUAUCUGAAUGUAUAUUGCAUAUUAUGUUCAGAUCGAUCGAGUUAAUAUUACCAUGAAAACUCCCAUCAUUGUUUCCAGUACGAAAAAGACAAACUAAAAGAAAGAAAAAUGCCAAAUUCAAUGUAUUCGAAUAUUUGAAAAAUUAUACUUUUACAGACUACUUCGAGAUCGAUCAAAAGCAGCAGCUGUUAAAACUUUUUUUUAGAGACACUGUCAUAUAAACAGCAGAGUAUUUUUAAUAAUGAAUAAUUAAUGGACUGCCCGUUAAACUUGUUGGCAUGUUCUUCGGAAAUCAUUGGCGGGGUUCAACUCUAUCCAUGUAGGAAGCUUCUUUAACAAUGUUAGAUCAUCAUAGAUUAGGUAAGAAUAUAAAAUUAUUCUCUAUAUAAGGUAAUGUUCCCUACUUCGCGUUUCCUCUAAAAAAUAUCCGCUAAACUCGAAAAUUAGAAGUUUUGCCCUGCAUAUCAUCUCUCACAUGAUUCAUCCAAAGACAACAAGCUACCACUGAAAUUACAAACGCUUCAAAAUUCAUCCAUUAUUGCCAGAUACACUACUAUACAUAAGAUCAUAAUACGAAUACGUUGUUUUUUAAUGCUUCCAAUUACGAAGUAUCUGCCUGUAUUGAUUACAAGGGGAGAAAAUCAUUUAUAAUGUUAAUAAGGAGAUUUUGUUUACCUAAUUGGAGAUUUUUCAAAAAUUGUCCACGAAAUGAUGUUUUACACAGCGUUGCGAAUAUAAUUCCUAAUGUGAUAAAUUUUAUAUUUGGAAGUAGCGAUCAAAUUUUUAUUGAAAUUAUACUAUUAUUGGUGUACAUAUAAAGCGAUAAGUUGAAUAUUUUUAGUAUACAUAUUUAUUGUUUGAACUCUCUUACUAUUGAAUUUUAUUUUAUUUUAUUUUUGCUUUACUAUAUUUAUUAGGAAUAAAUCAAAAACGUUCCACGUUAUGUUUGGAAAACACAGAGCAAAAUCAGAGAGAUUUAUAUAUUUUAUUUUUAUAUUGUGUGCAUUUCUUUAUUGCAUUUGCUUCCAUCGUUCAUAUAAUGUCGGCAUAUAAAUAUGGCAGAUAAAUGAAAUUUGUACACUGUAAUUUGACGAUACAUGCCCAACUAUUGUAAUUUAAGAUAGAAAACUAAAAGUACGUAGUGUUACUAUUGUUUACAACUAUUGUUCAUUAAAUUCAUCCUAAAGGGGUUAUGAUAAUAGUGCAUCACAAUUCUGAUACUAACAUAAUAGUUUCUAAUAUUUUUUAUUAAUGUAAUGUUUUACAAAGUUUCCAACAAAAAGAACAACGAUAUAAGAUGAAAUAAAUAAACUUAAUAAGAGAAUGAAGGAUUCAAAUUUGUGCAGACAUUCAAAAUGAAUUAUUUGGCAAAGACUGAGUUGCUCUUGAGUAGCGAUAUUUGUCAUUUUAAUAACAAUUACGUAUCCAUCUACUUUGAACCGAAUCUCUCAAGUUUCUCAUCUGAUUAGAACUUAUUAAGAUUUAUCUGUCGUGUACGCGAUUCGUGGCCUAUAUUAUUAGAUGUCCCAUGUUUAUUGUUAUAUUUAUUCAUACAAUUGUAAAAUCUUUUAUCGGUUGCAAUUACGAAAUUAAAAAGCUACACUCGAGCAGUUAAUACUGUUGGUGUAAUAACAUUUUUAGGUACGAAUGCAAUAAAUUUUCACAAAAGAUUA